CAUUACUUUCUACAACACACAACAAAGGCCCAUACAAAGUAAUUUGUGGUUAAACUGGAAAGAGAAUUUAUAUUUCAGAUAGACAAGAUGCACUCAUGUAACUACAUAACCCUUGAACUGAAACAAAGGAAAUCUAAAAUGAUGACAUAUUUUCCAUUAACUCAGGCUUAGCAUCUGGAAAACAUAGCUCCCAGAACCAAGUACAACCCCUGUCUUGGCAUGCAAUAAAAGCUCAGUAGUUUGUAGAACAUGGAGGGCUUGUGCCAUAUCAGAUAGCCCAUUUCCAAUGGCAUUUUUAGACAAGGUGGAAGAUUGUGUCAUGGCUCAUUCUUUGUUGGAAAAGAAGAAAGAAAAGAGGGAAAUAUGCAGGUAUUUUAAAGGAUUACAUUCAAAAUAUAUGCAUAUUUGGGAAGAUUGGUUUGGUGUCUUUAGUCUUUGGACAGGUGAAUUUUUAAGUACUUGUCUUUGCAAGUUAAAAAUUCAGCUGUUUGGUGCAAACUUGAACUUGGCAUUAUGGGCUUCCCAAGCUUUAUGCAUGCUCUUUGACCUGUGACUUCACACCUUCAGGAAGACAGGAUCUUUUUUAAUUUCAGCAGUCAGGAGUGUUUUGAGCCACCUACUGUUUGAAACAGUGCAACCAGCACUCUUAUUAAAGUUUCUCCUUCCACCCAGCUCCUACUCAACUUUCCACUCUCAUCAAUUGGAAAGACACCUGUGUGCUUUUGAGGAAAACCUUUCAGGGAGAAGAGGCGGCUUGGAGCCAUGCAUAGGCACAUCCUGCCUAAAAGCCAACCACCUCUGCUGAUAUGACCUUCCCACUCACAAGUUGCAUGCAUUUUUCAAGGUAGGGCACCCAGCCUCUGCUCCUACCUCUACUCUGUGCUGGUGUGGCCUCACUUUGAGUGUUAUGUACAGUUCUAGGCACCUCAAUGUAAGAAAGGUAUUAAGCCAUUAAUGUCCAAAGGAGGGCACUGAAGACAGUGGAGAGCUUUGAGGGGAAGCCAUUCAAGCAAUGGCUGAGGUCAGUUGGUCUGUUCAGUCUGGAGGAGACUUGAGGGGGGAUUGGGGUUUCCAACAUCCUCGUCAGGGGAGAUGGACUGGCAAGUGCUGAUCUCUUCUCUGUGGUGACCAGUGACAGGACCUGAGGGAAUGGCCUGAAGAUGUGUCAGAGGUGCUUUAGGUUAGGUAUUAGGAAAAGGUUCUUCACCCAGAGGGUGGAUGGGCACUGGAACAGGUCCCCCAAGGAAGUCGUCACAGCACCAAGCCUAACAGAGCUCAAGAAGCGCUUGGACAAUGCUCUUAGGCACACAGUAUGAUUCUUAAGGGUGUCCUGUGUAAGGAAGGAUAAGAGUCGGACUCGAUGACCCUGAUGGCUCCCUUCCAACUCAGCGUACUCUGCGGCUCUGUGACCGGAACAUGGCUUGGGCCCAGGCCUGUCGGGGGCUCCGGACCCCCCUUCGCCGGCCCCGCGGCCCGGGGGAGGGAAGGAGGGGGCGGCCGGCACCGUGCCCGGGUGAGCAUCCCGCACGCAUGCGCUACGAGCGCGGCGCCCCCGCUCGGCUCCGCUCGGGCUGCACUCGGCUAUUUCCGCCUCUUUGUUUUAAACUCCGGGCCGAGCCCUUUAAAUCCCCCUUUUUCUUUUUAAAAUUUUCUUGGGAAAGGGAAGAGGGGCCGGUGUUUCCCUCCGCCUCGCGCUUCCGGCUCCUCUGCUCUCUGCCCUGCGGUGGCGCUCGGAGAAGGACAGGCCGGGAAGCGGAGGGCCGGCGGCGGCGGGGGCAGCUCCCGCUGUAGCCCCGAGCGGCGGCCGCGCCCCCCCGUCAGGUCUCUGGAUGGCAGACUCUGAAAAGAAAUGCUGUUUUAAGAGGAAGCAAUUCAAGUUUUCUGCAAAGUCUGAGCAUUUAUGUUAUCUGACUGAACUGACAUCUUGACACCAAAGAUGCUAACAAGGAAGAUUAAGCUUUGGGACAUUAAUGCCCAUAUAACUUGUCGUCUGUGCAAUGGGUACCUGAUUGAUGCUACUACUGUAACAGAAUGCUUGCAUACUUUCUGUAGAAGCUGCCUAGUGAAAUAUUUGGAGGAAAAUAACACCUGUCCAACCUGUAGGAUUGUUAUACAUCAGAGCCACCCAUUACAGUAUAUUGGUCAUGACAGAACAAUGCAAGAUAUUGUUUACAAACUUGUGCCAGGCCUCCAAGAAGCGGAAAUGAAAAAGCAAAGGGAGUUUUAUCACAAACUGGGCAUGGAAGUUCCAGGGGACAUCAAAGGGGAGACAUGUUCUACAAAACAGCAUCUAGAUUCUCAUCGAAAUGGUGAAACUAAAGCAGAUGAAAAUAUAAAUAAAGAAACUUCGGAGGAAAAACAGGAAGAAGAUAAUGACUACCAUCGAAGUGAUGAACAGGUAAGCAUCUGCUUGGAGUGCAAUAGCAGCAAACUGCGUGGAUUGAAACGAAAAUGGAUUCGUUGCUCUGCACAAGCAACAGUCUUGCAUCUAAAGAAGUUUAUUGCCAAAAAACUCAACCUUUCUUCCUUUAAUGAGCUGGACAUAUUAUGCAAUGAAGAGAUUCUUGGCAAGGACCAUACGCUCAAGUUUGUAGUUGUUACUAGAUGGAGAUUUAAGAAAGCACCUCUACUGCUACAUUAUAGACCCAAAAUGGACUUGCUGUAAGGGAACUUUAUUGUCCUUCUGGACAGAGCUUUUUGCAGAGACUAUCAUCUGGCACCUUCUUAGUGCAUCACUAAUCACAUGACACAAACCAGCUGAAUAAUUUUGGAAGACUGGAGGGCUUUCAUAGUGGGCUGUCCUGAAUAUUUCUUCUAGCGAUGUGUCACCUAGACUUCUGGGCAGACAAUAUUUAUACUUUUUUUGUAUGGAAGAAAGAAGUUUCAACUCAGCAUGACACUACCAGCAUUAAGUUUACAGAUACUGAAAACACUUCACAGUUCCAUGUAGCUCCGCCUGAUUUGUCUCUUACAGUUACACACAGAAAAAAGUUUGAGUGUUGUGGGGUGAUAUAAAUAUGUUGCUUUUGACACCAAGUUGCAUUUAUUUACUUCUCGCAUUCUAAAUCUUUAAAAACUAUAUUUUUGCAAAGUGUUAUUGUCUUAUAUAGUGUGCCUGAUUGCAUUGGCUUUAUUCAAAUUAUUCUGUAGAGCAUUGAACAUAACCUGAUAAUACAGCGACUGGUGAUAAUUUAUUAUGCUGCAUUGAGAACUUAAGAAAAUCUGGGAAACCAGUAAAUUUGUCAUUUUUGCCCAGUUAUUGCUCUCCUCACCUUGUGUUUUAAUAAAGUUUUGAUACUUCUGUAUACGUGCUAAUUUGGUAAGACUAAUAGAAAUAGUUUCAGUUGAUUUUAAUGUGCUGUGAUAUAUAUUUUGGUAUGGUAUAAUUUGCACCACGUAAUGACAAAUACUCACAAGUGCUAGAUUUGUGAAUUUCUUAAAAAAUAAAUAAUUAUUUUGUAUUUGUGGCUUGCAGAAAUCAGUUUUUAAUUUAGAGAAAAUUUGCUAUCACUAGCUAUUGAAAAAGUGGCUCUUGGACAACUUUGGGAGUAUUGCAGAUUUUUCGUUUCACUGAUUAAAACUUACGGGCAGCUUUAAAUUUCUUUAGCUGUUUUCUUAUGAAACCAUAGCGCUCUUAAUGCAAUUCCUAACUUACAUAAGGUGGGGAGGAAGGGGAGUCAAGACAAGAUUAUUUUAGCACCUUUUGGCCUUAACUAGUAAUUUUGCUUGCAUCAGCCCUAAUGGAUGCUAGGUAAUACACAUUAAUACAUGUUUGGGUACAUACAUUUAUAUACACAUGUAACUAUGUAUGUUAUAGAAAGCACCCUCAAUGGCACUUAGCAGGGCUCACUGCACUUUUUUUGUAAGGCUUUUGGAAAGAAUUGACUUUUAAAAAACUGUAGUUGAAAGUGAUUUCUGCAAGCUAUAUCCACCAUAUAUCAUCCACAGUACAAUUGUAACAACAUUUGUCUGGUGCAGGUGUGAAGUCACUGAAAACACUGUAUUACUGCCAGCUGGAAAUAGUUAACCUAAUUUUUGGGAGAGUUUUCUUGUCAGCUGAAAAUGCUAGUUGCUAUUCCUAUUAUUAAACCCUGUUAUUUUUUGAUAAAUUUUCUUAGGACAAGAAGCCCUGCUUCCUCUUGCUGUGCUCCUUUGCUUCUUCUGCUAGAAAGUGUUACUUGGUAACCGGAAGGUGAUUCUAUAAGAGAUUUAUCUAAGCAUUUAAAGUAUUCUUCCUCUUGAGUUUUCAAAGCGUACCUUCCUCAGCACAUUUCCCUUAAUUUCCUCUCUGGAGUCUUCAGUUCUUCUUUCCCAGCUCUGCUGCUGCUUGUGCUUACCUUUGACAACAGGGCUCCUUUUUGAUUACAGUCACAGAUGUGAGUAGGAAGGAAAUGAAAAAAAAAAAACAAAACUAUGUGAGCAGAGAAUGAAAGGGAGCCUCCUGAGUUGCGGAGUUGGAAAGGAGAGCCACACAAAGGCCACACAUGCUGCUGUCCUUGCGGGUGAAAGUCUAAGAUAACUGCAUUUGAAUGUUUAGGUUACACAGAACUCCACAUCUGGUUCUUGUGUGGUGUUCGUGUGCAUGUCUGUGAUUCAUGGAAUCAAAUUUGGCUCUGAUUUUUGUCUUGCUGUUUCUGUAUUUUCAGCUUUUUUUCUGUCUUUACUUGAUCUGGCAGAAAAGAACAAACAAGAUCAUCUGUCUACCAUUUCUAAAACUUUUCAUGAAAGCAGUCUAUGCAGGUGGUAUGGAUGUGUACACAAGCUGAUAUACUGGGCCUCUCUGGAGCUGUUUCUUACGUGAUUGUUACUGUUCUAGUGUAAGUAAGAGUCUGGCUUUGCCACUGAGGUCCUGAGAAUGUGGACAGGACUGUAAGGGUCCCAGCUCUCUGCACCCAGAGUAUACACGCAGUGGCUGCACCUGAUGUAGACAUUAAACUAAAGCUGCCAGACAGCAUUCUGAUUAACCACCUUAAUGAGAAUAUAUAUAUAUAUAUAUAUAUACACACACACACACACAAACAAAAUUAUAUAUACAUAUAAAUGAGAUCUGUCUACCUCAAGUGUGUGUACUGCAGAAAACUUUUGUAUGACUAGAUAUUGAUGCAGUGCUGUUAAAGUACUUUGGGAUUUCAUUUCUUUCUUGUGUACUUGAGCAACUGAGAAAUUAAUUACGAACACACAAAUUCAGAAGCCUUUCAAAUCUAUCUCUUGCUGUAACAACUUAAAAUACAAAACGUAUAAGUUUAUAACCAUAUUUAGAAUCACUUGAAUUUGUUAUGGUGCUAUCAGUAUAUAGAAAACUCUGUUUAUAUGGAUACAUAAAUUCAAGCCAGUAUUAAUACCUAUAGCUGGGGUUUUUGCUUGUAAUUGUGUGUAACUGCUUUUGCAAUGUGUUUAAUCUGAUAAAAACACACCAGUAAAAAAAAAAAAAAAAACAGAAAAAAACCCAGAAAAACAAACAAAACAAAACAAAACAAAAAAAACCCCAAAAAAACAAAAAAAAAAAAAAAAAAAAAAAAAAAAAAACAAAAAAAAAAAGAAAACCAAACAAAAAACCCCCAAACCAACAAAAAACCCCAGAGUUACUCAGUUGUUUUUCUAAAUCACAUGUGAUAACAUCUUCACUACAAAAAUUGCCCUCAGGAAUGGUGUGACUGUAUCUGUACCAUACAUUAGUCUCACUAAAAGACUACAGUGUAGAGUGAGGUCCUCUUUGGGUCAGAGCCUUGUUUAAUUUCUGUGACACUUAUGAGACAAUUUAUAUCAAGAUUAUAUUGGGUAAAGUAACCCUGAUACUAUUGAAAAUUGAACUGAAAUUUGGACUUGGCCAUAGAUAUUUCUUAGUCCUGAUGAGGUCAUGGUAGUUGAUUUUGGGUUUUGUGAAGAUGCCAUUACUGUGAAGUAGUUUUUACAAUUUCUUAUGCUGGUAAAGAGUUGCAGUAAGGAAGUAUCUUGUUGCAUUAUCCUCAGCAGCAGUGAGACUGAUGAAUCACCUGGGCUUAGAGUCUCAUUAAGUAUACUUUCAUUAAAAAUAAAGAAUUCAGAUAGAAUAUAUAAUAUUGAAUUUAAAUAAGAUUUGGGGGUUUAAAUUUUAACUUUAUAAAAUUAUUUAUUCUAUUUUAAGCCUUCUGUCUUAUUUUACCAUCCCAGUAUCUUUGGUUUUAGUGGUCCAGCUUUAUUUACAUAUAAAUGGAAAUUGUAAGAUGUUUUUACAAGCUUCUUCCUUUUACAUUGAGUUUGGCUAGCUUUCAUUUGUAUGUUUUUGUUUUGUAUGGAUAAAGAGCAUUACUUAUGCUUUUGUGCAAUAGGUUUGAAACAUGCAUUUAUUAGGCUUAUGUUUAAAUUGUAUGUUUAAAUGUAGCAUCUAUUUACCAUUACAUUUAAAAGGAAUGUAGAUGGCUUUUCUCACUUGUUCAAAUGGAGUUUUAUUUGGGGCUGUUAUUUGGGGGUGGGCGUGUGUGUUUUAUGCUUUGUUCCAAUUUAUAUUCCAAGAGUGAAAUGGGGGAUUUAAAAUUUCUGUAAGUACAAGAACUAUCUGUCAGCAAUAUUUUAAAAUAAACGAUCUUGCAAGAAACCUUAAUGUGAAUUGUAGAAGCAAUCAACAAGACUUGCAGCCUAUCUGAAAAUGUUUUGUGCCAUUGUUAGGUCUGGUAUAUUUGUGUACUGUCACACCUGGGAAUAUUUUUUCUACUGGUUGUGCAAUAGUAUACACAACACUGUCACUCAGGAGAUAUGGGACCGUAAAAAACAUCAGACUACAGCUAUGAUGGUGCUAUUUUUUCCAAUAGGCUAUGAGCCUUUGAAAGCUUAUCUGGCUCUUACUGUCUUUAUAACAACACAGUCCUAGGGGAUUUACAGGUUUUACAGAUUUUUUUUUUCUACUAGAUGAUAAAUAUAACUUGCUAUUUUACAGCAUUCUGCAUAUUACAUUGAGAUAAAUAUAAUAGGAAAAAGCCAACCAGUCUGUACAUCAGUGAGAUGAAUCUUAGAUACACAUUUUGUACAGAAGGCUUUACUGAACAGAAAAAUCAAGUUUCUACUUUUCCUCAGGUAAUCACUUCAGUUUGGAUGUUUCACUGAAACCAUUAAUGCAAUUUUAGUUAGUCUGCCUAAAGCUGGUAACAGAACUUGUUCCACACACAAGUCUCCCUACAUAAGAUAUAAUUAGUUGUUACUUGGAUCUUGAGAUCCGUUUUUGAACAAAAAGCUGCAGAGAACAACACUAAAGAACAUGGAACAAUGCUUCAAUCUCUGCGCUCAUCAGAAAUUGCAGUCAGGACAAAAAUUACUUAGGAACUUGAGUCUUGUAGCAAUUCAACAGGUAAUGUUUUACCUGUUUAUUUGUAUACAAAUUAAAGGUAUGAUUCUACCAUUUGUUCCGUAUUUUAUCCUACUCAGAGUGUUUUGGAAAUCUUUUGAAGCCACAAUGACCUGUCCAUGUCCUGGAGGUAGGGUAGGAACUAAAUGUCCAAUUCUAUGAACAUUUACAUUGGUAACUUUACUAAUAACCUGGAUGGUUCCACAGAAACCAGUGGGGUCAUUCAUUCAAACAGAGGUAUGGCUGAAGGAAGAACUCCUGAGUUUUGAGUACUGAUAUUCAACUAUUUUUUUAUUUCUGUUUGAAACAGAAAGUAUUGGUUUGAUGGAAUCUUUAAUUCAAGUGACUUAUCUGAACAAAAGGAAAUUUUAUUCUUUCCUUCUGCAAACAGGAUCAUUUUGCAGUUAAGGGACAAUUAGCCAGUACAGCCACUAAGCCUUUUAUCCUCAUAUAUGGCAUAAUAAAGAUUCUGUAACCGUCAGAGUGUAAAACCAUAUUUUUGGCUUAGCUUCAUUUAAAAGUUUACAAUUUUUUAUGCUUUGUGUUGCUGUGUAAUUUCUGUACUACUGGUGGCUAGUUUUGUCUGAAUAAGCCUUUUGGGGAUUAAUGCUUAAUGUUUUGAUUUUAUGAUAGUGAAGCUUGUAUCCAGUGUUUUGCCAAUGAAUAUUAUAUGCUUGUUAAUAAAAGCAGAGAAACUAA